AUGACGUCCAUCUCGUUCCCGCCUGCGUAUUCGCAGGAAGAACUCGACAGACUCUACCCCAAAGACCUUGAGCUCCGUCUUGUGCAGGUCCUUCUCCGUCACGGUGAACGCGCUCCGGUGUCUGCCCGGUUCGGCAAUGCAGGCCUCCCCGCAUACUGGCCCUACUGCAACGCCGCGCAACGACUGCGAUCGGUCGCCUUGACACCUGAAAAUGAUGUGCGGUGGGAUUCCUUACAAUGGCGAAGAAGACUGGAACGAUUUGGCCACGACGACGGUCCGGUCGUCGCUGCAGGCCCGGCGGGGGAGGUGGAUGGUAUUUGCCAACUAGGUGAACUCACCGACAAAGGAAGGGAAACAACAUACCAGCUGGGGACGCGUCUGCGCCAUCUCUACGUCGACCAGUUGAAGUUCAUGCCCGCUUUGAUCGCCAAUGCCGACUUGAUCUACCUCCGCGCAACUCCCCUUCCUCGCGCCCUCGAAUCCGUCCAGCAGACCUUCUGGGGGAUGUAUCCCUUGACUGCGCGCACGGCUGCCUUUCCUGCUCCUACCAUUGUCACGAGAACCCCUGCCGACGAGACCCUCUUCCCAAAUGACGGCAAUUGUCGACGCUUCGCCCAGUUAUCUCGUGCAUUUGCGCAACGGACUGCCGACCGAUGGAAUGACACUGACGAUAUGCGGUACAUAUCCAAAUUGAUUGGAAAGUGGAUGCCUGAAAACUCCAACAAGCAAGUCGCUGUCGACUCACAUCCUCGGUUGUCGGGCGUGAUGGACACAAUCAAUUCCACCCUCGCUCAUGGCCCAGAGACACGGCUGCCCAAGGAAUUCUACGAUGCCAAGUCCCGCGCCAUCAUCGAUCGGAUUGGCGUCGAGGAGUGGUUUUCAGGAUACCAUGAAAAUCGGGAAUAUCGCAUGCUCGGGAUAGGAUCCCUGAUCGGCGACAUUAUCGAACGCAUGACUUCCAAGAUCGAGGGGGCGGGCCUCAGCAUCAACGAAAUCGGCGGGGAGAAUGGUCGCUUGGGUCUCGGCCGCGGUGGCGAGAAGGGCAUUCGGUUUGCUCUGUCUGGUUGUCACGACACCACUCUCGCCAGUGUGUUGACAAGUCUGGGAGCGUUCCAAGAUGAAAAGUGGCCCCCUUACACAAGCCAUAUCGCCUUUGAGCUGUUUAGAAAGAAGGAUGCGAACGUCUCAGAGUCUGGUGCAGACGCCAACUUUCUCACACCUACAAUCCCAGCCUCGACAGAACCCCAGUCUGAGAAGGACGCAGCGACGAGACCUGGUGUGUUCGCUUCUUUCCUGGGUCUACGCUCUCCUACAAGUUCGUCCCCACUUGAGUCUGUGUCGGCGUCGUCGUCCAGUCCAAAGUCGUCACCUUCACGCUCGUCCCCUUCGACCAUCUCCCCGGCACUGCCGCCGAAGGAUCUUAUUGCCCGAACUCCGUACAGUGAGCUUUCGGAGUCACAGAAGGCACGUUUGGAUUCGUACUAUGUCCGUGUUCGAUACAAUGAUCGCAUCAUGAAGGUUCCGGCAUGUGCAAAGCCCGGAAAUAACUAUCGAGGAGACGAGACGAUUUGUACGUUUGAAGCGUUCAAGCGCGUGGCAGAUGGCUAUGUACCCAAGAAUUGGAAGGCCCAGUGCGGCGAGAACCUCGACAAGCCUAUUGCGGGUUUGGAUUCUCCGCCGCAGAUAGCUGGGCAAAUCGACGAAGGAUUUUGA